AUCGCUUCCGCUUGUAACCUUUGAACUUGAACAUAAAGGCCGGAAUAUAAGACGUCACUUGCAAGCAAAAUGGCGACCACUACGGAACUGACGCUGGAAAGAGAUGUCUCCCGAGCCAUUGAGUUACUGCAGCACCUACAACAAAAUGUACGGGAUGUGCCUCCACAGAAGUUAAUUGCUCUUCAGAAGGUUCUUGAGAGUGAGUUUUUUACGGCAGUCAGAGAGGUUUAUGAGCAUGUAUAUGAGACGGUGGAUAUACAGGGGGAUCCUGAGAUCAGAGCGAAUGCAACAGCUAAGGCCACCGUAGCAGCAUUUGCAGCCAGUGAAGGCCACGCCCAUCCCCGCGUCGUUGAACUCCCUAAGACAGAUGAGGGUCUGGGCUUCAAUGUCAUGGGAGGCAGGGAGCAGAACUCACCCAUCUACAUCUCUCGUAUCAUCCCUGGGGGCGUGGCUGAUCGACAUCGAGGACUCAAGAGGGGGGACCAACUCCUAUCAGUCAACGGAAUUUCGGUAGAAGGUGAGCAGCAUGAGAAGGCAGUAGAGUUGCUGAAAUCGGCCAAGGAUCGCGUCAAGCUGGUGGUACGAUACACACCCAAGGUGCUGGAAGAGAUGGAGGCAAGAUUCGACAGACAGAGAGCGGCACGCAGACAUAAUGCUAACCAGAUGAGUACAUUUGAAAAUAUUUAACUAGAUUCCACCAGAUAAUCAUCCAGCUUCAUAAUCUCGUUAAUCAACCAAGCAGUUAGGCCCAGGAUAGACUCCUUAUGAAAGAGAUGUCAGACUAUUGUGCUAUUUAUACAGGGGUAUAUAUAUCCUACAUUGUAUUCACUGUUUAAUCUCUGCCAGUCAUAGAUGGCAGUGUGUGUGUUUGUUGGUCAGUUACAUUGUGCUUUGUUUGUAUGUUAUUGUAAGAGUUGAACAUGAAAGUACAAGGAAUGAGCUGCAAUGGGCCGACAGUUCAACAUCAUUUCCGGACAUUUUUAUUGUAUUUGUUGGGCGCGAUCGGUGGAUCUACACAAUCGGUCGAUCGUGCUGCGCUAUUGGUCAAUCGUGCCCUCAUUGGUCAAUCGUGCCAACGUCAAUCGAUCACAUUUUCUUUCUAAUUCAUGUAAUCCAUGGCUCCUGGAGAAUUGUUUUGAAAUGGGAAGUAUAGUCUGAGAUUUCUUACAGGAACGACCGAUAGCACAGAUCCACCGAUCCGGCCCAACAUACACGUAUAGAUGCAACAAAUUCAUGUAAGCAUUCAUAUUUCGCUAAAAUAUUUAAACUUUCAUUCAUGUCAUUUAACCAUUCUGCUGGCCAUUUUUAUACAUAUUGUAGACUUUGAUUUUUCUGUGUUUAGAGAAGUUUGUUAAAUUUGUACAAAACAAUUUUAAUUGACUAACAUUGGAGAUGGUUGGAACGCCACAUUAUUGACAACAUUUAAACAGAGCUAUCAGGCAUGUACGUAAGCAUUUACCGUAGCACCAUGUGACAAAUCUCUUGAAAUAUGAGUUUGUGGGGUUCUGGAAAGAACCGGUGGGAAACUCAACACUUCGGUCAGUAUGCUCUGCCUGUCGUCAGGAGACUGGGUGUGGUUGAAACAUUAUUGACAACAAUUCAAACUGCCCAUCAGGGAUGUAGUCGAGUCCAUCACAAGUUCAGUCACAGGUAACAGUGGAUGAACAAUAACAAAGGAAUGCCUUCGUCAAAGCUCAUUUGGAUAGCUUGCGAGUUGACUUGGGACUAAAAAUAUUGACCUAUUGCGGUAGAAUUGCGUUAGAAUCGUGUCAACGCAGCUUGUGAAAUAAAGUCCAAUUACAUGAUAUACAAAUGGACGCGGAACGCGCAACAUCUGAGACAAGCAAAACUUAGCGUUCACAAAAUUUCAUAGGGUUGUCUAAGGGCCAUGGCUAACUCGAACACAGAUUUGGUAGGUCAAUUGUGAUGGUCUUGUGACCGGUGCAUCCCUGGUGCCCAUGAACAUAUAUGUCAGGGUCAUGUCAAACGAGGCAAAUUUACAAGCAACUUGUUUCAGACAAUCUCCAA